CUACGAUGGCAACAACAUCGCAGAGGCCAAAGGCGUCACUCGACGUCAGCCAUGACGCACACUCAAACGCCCUCUUGCAGGGUUUGCAGGAACUGCGAUCAGAGAACAUGCUGGUAGAUGUCACCCUCUGUGUCUCUGGGAAGGAGAUCCCGUGCCACAGAAAUGUUCUCGCUGCUUGUAGUGGAUAUUUUCGCGCGAUGUUCUGUAAUGGUCAUCUUGAGAGCAAGGAGAAUAAGGUAACCAUUCACGAGGCCAGUGCUAACAUUGUGCAGCUUCUUGUCGACUAUGCCUACACGUCAAAGGUAACCGUCACAGAAGACAACGCUGUAGAGCUGAUGGAAGGGGCCAGUUUCUUCCAGUUUGAACCGGUCAGGGAUGCAUGCACAAAGUUCCUAUCAGACACUCUAUGGAUCACAAACUGUCUGGAGAGAAUAAACGUAGGGAACAUGCUGAUGAACCGUUAUCUGGAGAGCAGUGCAUUGUCGUAUGUCAUGAAAGAGUUUACAGCAGUCACCCAAACACCAGAGUUCCUUGAUUUGACAAAGGAGCAGCUCAUCAAGCUCAUCUCAUCAGAUGAGCUCAAUGCCCCUGAAGAAGCUGUGUACACAUCAGUGCUGAAAUGGAUCAAGCACGCCCCAAGGAAGAGGAAGAAGGAGAUGAGAGAGCUGAUGGAGCUUGUUAGGUUCCCCUGGAUGGACAAGAUGUACUUCAUAGAGAACGUGCAGACGGAUAAGGCAUUGUGCAAGUGCUGCCCGGAUGUCGUGUCAGAAGCUCAGAAGUAUCAGGCUUUCCCAGGGGAGAUCCAGUCACCCCGCACCCGUCCCCGCCGUGCCAGUGGUCUGAGGGAGGCAGUAGUGGUCAUUGGAGGGACGGAGAAGUAUGCAAUUGGAGAAAACCCUUCCGUGGAAAGCAACUCAAUCGUGAUGACACACUCCUCUGCACCGUCGAGCACCAGUUGGGUUUCCAUGGGUAGAAUAAAGAGGGCAAAUGACUUUGGAUUUGCUGUGGCCGUUUUGGGCACAAGUGACAUCAUGGUAUCUGUUGGUGGGACUCAGUGCAAAAAUGUGUGGUUGUAUCAAGCAGGACUUGACUCCUGGUCUAGGCUUGCUGAUAUGAACACAGCAAGGGACUUUCACAAGCUGGCAGUGGUGCAAGGCAAAGCCUAUGCUAUUGGUGGCAGAAUCAGCUACUCACCACUUCAUGUAACAACGAAUGUGGAAGUCUAUGACAGAAGCCUGAACAAGUGGACUGAAGGUGUUCCACUCACACAGCCAAGGUACCAACAUGCUGUUGCCGUGGUGGAUGGUAGCAUAUACGUAAUGGGUGGACGUGAUGCUGAUGACCUCGCAACAUCUACGGUGUUCCUCCUCAGCCCAGGAGACUGCCAGUGGCAUUCAGCAAGCGACAUGCCAAACAAAGCUAAUGAUAUUACUGCUUCAGUUCUCAAUGGUGUCAUCUAUGUUGCUGGGAUUCCUUCAAAUAUGUUGUGUUACAGUCAUCAGGAGGACUUGUGGACUGUUGUAGCCAACACGGGUACUGGAUACAGAUGUGGUAUGACUGUCUUUGGUGGGGAGAUUUACAUCUAUGGAGGCUAUAAAAACGAGAAUGCAACAACAAAGGUAUUACGGUUUAAUCAGCAAGACAAGUCACUUCAGCAGGUGGGAACCAUGCCUAAUGAUAAGGGUCUGUUUGGACAUGGCUGUGUCACUAUACUGAAGAGCUGA